AUGGGGCGGGGCUCCACGGUUGCUCUCGCGGCGGCGGCGGCGGUGUCGCUGCCGAUGCUGCUGAUGUCGCAGCCCACCCCCGUCGUCGUCGUUGGCGGCGACACGAUGGGGCGGGGCCCCACGGUUGCUCUCGCAGCGGCGGCGGCGGCGCUGCUUGUGUCGCUGCCGAUGCUGACGGUAUCGCUUCGGGCCGCGGACCCGUACGAGCAGGAGACCCGCCGGAUGUUCGUGGAGUGGAAGGCCAGGUGCAGGAAGACCUAUAGAUACGCCGGCGAAGAGGAAUGCCGGUACGCGGUGUUCAAGGACAGCCGCCGCCGUGUCGCCCGGUCCAGGGCCGCUGGGGUGACCACAUCUGGCCUUAACAGUCUCAGCGCCAGCGCCAUUGAGGAGAUAUACCGCGGGCGCGGGGUCCGGAUGGGGGAGGAAUCGUACGAGCAGGAGACCCGCCGGAUGUUCGUGGGGUGGAAGGCCAAGCACGGCAAUACCUACAGAGACGUCGGUGAGGAGGAAUGCCGGUACAGGUUGUUCAAGGGCAACCGCCGCGUCGUCGUCCGGCUCAACGCCGCCGCCGCCGGGCAAAACGUGUACGGCCUCAACCAAUUCGGCGACCUCACCAACGAGGAGGUCCAAGAACGCUGCUACCCGGAGAUGGAGGACCGAGAGCUGAGCGCCAGGUGCCAAGCCGCCGUCCCCGUCCCCGCCCCGGGCCCGGACCCCGUCCAUGGGGGGCUGUUUCGGUACCAGAUAAAAGACACAGUGACUAACAUGCAGUCCAUUGUUCUCAAGAGGCUGUUGCUAGAAAGCGAAGUUGACAGAAAGACAAAAGAUAGUGAUGAUCAAUUGGAAGGUAAAAUGAAAGAACUCGCUGCAGCUUUAGAAAAUGAAGCUACACUGCAGCCCCCCUCCCCUGUCCCCCAGUAA